AUGGCGUCGGCGGCCGGCAUCGUCGUCAGCUCCCGCGCGCUCCCCGUGCUGGCCAUCGCCGGCGCCGUCCUCGUCGCCGCGCCCGGCGCCAGCGCCACCGAGGCAGCAGCCGCGCCGCGGCCGGCCCCGCUGGAGUUCCGCGUGGGCGGGCCGCGCGGGUGGCGCGUCCCCGACGCCAACACCAGCUACAUCUGGUGGGCUACCAACAACCGCUUCCACGUCGGCGACCGCCUCCUGUUCAAGUACGCCCAGGACUCGGUGCUGGUGGUGGACCGCCCGGCCUUCGACGCCUGCAACGCCACCGAGCCGCUCGCCGCCUUCUCCGACGGCGCCACCACGGUGCGCCUCGACCGCCCGGGCUUCUUCUGCUUCAUCAGCAGCGAGCCGGGCCACUGCCAGCAGGGCCAGAGGCUCAUGGUGCGCGUCAUGGUGCACCCGGCCGGCCUGGCCGCCGCGGCGCCCGCGCCCGGGAUCUUGGCACAGCCGGGCGGGCGCCCCAGGCCGUCGUCGGGGUGCGCGUCCUCCGCCGCUGCCGAAUGGGUCGCUGCCGCCGCAAGCGUCGCCGUCAUGGCGGCGAUGGCUGUGCUUGUUGGUCUCCUCUAG